AUGACAACUUUUCCCCCUGUGGUGUACUGCACCGCUGAUGCUACAGUUUCGCCGUCACCCGCCGUUUGUCUUUUGACUGCCGGCUGUAGGCGGCCGUGUUGCAGUUGGCGAAUAGCGCUUAAGGUAAGUUUUUCACAAACCCCCAUCGCCCAGUGUUUUUCUUACAACCUGCUAUCAUUUGCCCUUUGUCUUCGCUUAUGUGUUGCGAUGCGCUUACGCACGCAAGUAGUGGGAAUAGGACAGCUUAGAACAUCUUUUACUUCACGAAUUUGUAUGGGUCGUAGGAGCAACUCUGUCUUCUUCCAUCUUUGGCUGAGCUUUGCUUCCCUUUGCCUGGGAAACAGCGACAGUUCAGAGGGGUCACCCCCAGUUUCUAAUGGGACAUCGCCUGUAGUUUUGAGUGAUCAGUCGGUAGCUAAUAUGGAAGCAAACGACUCUCAAUGGAAGCCUAUUCGCAUCGUGGUAUCGGCGAAGGACCUUGAUGACUCACUGAAGUAUUGCGUGGUGGCCGGCGUCCCCCGGCCCGACUUUAUGGGCGGGACUUUGCGCUGCAAAACUGGCGAUGUAUUGACGAAUGAAAAACGACUAAUACUUACAGAGCACGCCCUUCCCAGUGCUAUCCACUUACAUGCCGAGAGACUUCUUGUUGGCAUGGAAAUCGACAACAUCGUCGUUCCAGAGUUUGAUUCACCUGCGUGUAAAAGUUUCACCGUUCCCAUACAUCACCGUUCUGUCGGUGUGCCGCAGGCGGAUAUUAUUUUGUACGUGGCUUCUGGGCCUGCGCCUCACGAUGGUCCCGCUUACGCAACAACAUGUGCUUCGCUUCUCUCUGGGCGUCCAAUCGCAGGGGCCAUAAAUUUCUCUCCUAGCGCAAUCACUGAGUCGUACCUGUACAUUCGGACCGUCGCCCACGAAAUAGCCCACGUGCUUGGCUUCAAUUUCGAAGCCAUGAAGCAGCUCAACAUGGUGGGUACAAAAAAUAUCCGAGGUAAGUCCUCUGUGAAGGUUGUAAAGACACCCAAUGUAGUUAAGGUGGCACGUCAAUAUUACGGUUGCGGCAAGAUCACUGGCAUGGAACUGGAAGAUAAUGGGGAUGACAGCGUACGUAACUCGCACUGGAAACGCCGCAUUGCAAGAGACGAUCUAAUGACUGCCAUCAUGGGGGUUAGUCACUACAGUGAGCUAACAUUGGCCUUUUUCCUUGAUACGGGGUUUUAUAGGGUAAAUUGGGAGAAAGGGGAACGUAUGCGAUGGGGCCAUGGGGCGGGCUGCAGUUUCAUAGAGGGAAAAUGCAUGGAAAACAAUGAAACAAACUUCCCAGACAUGUUCUGUAACGACUCUGCGGAAACGCUGUCCUGCACACAUGACCGACAAGCACUUGGGCGCUGCACUGUGCAUUCAUAUGCCGUACCCAUAGAGGAAAGUGUGCGAUACUUCACGAUGUCCUGGGUAGGAGGCAGUGACAAUAAUCUAAUGGACUAUUGCCCUGUUGUAGAACCCUAUACGGAUAGCUACUGCCGAGAUGGUCGGCGGGAGCUGUUACCCGGUAGCCGCAUAGGGGAGAGUUCACGUUGCGUUAAGGGUGAAGGACUAGUUGCCUUCACUACUCAUGUUGGCGACAUAUGUGUGGAGAUUCAUUGUGGAAAGAGGAGGGGAGUUAGUAUACGUUACAGUGGUGAUGAUAGCUGGCACGUGUGCCCAGAGGGUGGGCAUGUGACGCCCGAUAAAACCUUUUCAGAAGGCCGCAUUGUGUGCCCUAAGUGGGAAGAAGUUUGCGACGACAAUGCCAUGACUCUAUCAUGUCUAGCUGCCGUGUUCGCCAUCUUCGUCAGUGCCCUUUCUUUGGUUGUAUGA